CAGUAAGACAGAGCAGUGUGUAAAAGUUGUCCAAUAAAACACACUUUCCCAUUCUUUUACACAGUGUGUGUGUUUGUGUGACUCUGUGAGGAGGAUGCUGCGCCUGGAGGUGUUCUCUGAUCCACCGCGUCAAGCCCGAUCCUUUCGAGAURAUCCAUCCGGAAAAAAGUGCUUCAUAAGUCGGUGUGAAGAGCUCAGGAUGGUGGGCAGAGAGAGUCCUCCCUCCUUCCACACAACUCUUGAUUCGCGUGCGUGAAAAGUUAACCGGAAACUAAAAAACUUUUUUCUUCGAACUUUUUUUUCUCUCUCUCUCCCCUCCUCCGAGGCGAAAAAGAGGAAAACGAUGCGAGCCUCGGUGUCAUAAACUUGCACAGUUCCUUGUUUUCAACAUUUGCUUCGUUUCGCUGCUGGAAAUGURUCGGCUGCUCGUCGACAAGUAAAUAGUUUCAGGCGAGAGGAGUUAAAGGGAAAACAGAGCGACGUCGUGUGAUUUUAAGCUCAUUCUCAAAGCCACAUAACGGAUCCUGCUGCUUUAUCAUGGAAGAUGGUACGAAAGAGGACCCACCUCAGCUCAAAAAGCCAAAGUUCCUGAGCAAGGCUGGUUGGAUGAAGAAAGCUCACGGCAAACUGUUGACGAGCUACAAAGAUCGAUUCAUCCACGUGGAAAAGACAGAGCUGGCUGUGUAUGAAAAUGAGGACCUGCAAAACUGCUUGGAAAGGUUUGACCUGGAGAACUACGAUAAGUGUCACGAAUUAAAGAGCCCAUUCAAGAAAAAACACAGGCUGAUACUGAUACGAUCCCCCAAGCCUGGAAACAAGGUCCAUGAUGUAAAGUUUCAGACUCAGUCUGCUGAGGAAAAGGAGGCUUGGAUUAAAGCCUUGAGCGACUGCAUCAAUCGUGCAAAAAACAAAGUCUUUGAUGAGGUAAAGAUUGAUGAAAGCAUUAAUUUAGAGCAUGUUACUCGAACAAGGCCCAAAGGUAACCGGAACAGGCGGCCACCAACCAGGAUACACAUGAAGGAGGUGGCGGAUGUUUCCUCUGAUGGCAUCCUGCGUUUGGAUCUUGAUCUUGAGGAUGCAGUGAUGCCAAAUGGAACCCAUCGUACCACUACCAAUGAUCCUGAGACCUCCAGAGAGGCUCAGCCGGAUGCCGGCAAAAUUUCAGAAAAACCAUUCGAGCCGGUUGUUGAGGAGGAUGCUCAGACAGAACCAGAGGUCACGACCCAGAAAAAGGCCAUCAAACCUCCUAUGCCACCUACCAAAGAGGCUAAAUCCAAGCCGGCACCUGUGGAUGAACCUGAUACAGACGAUAGCUCAGAGAAAAAGGUUUGUGUAUUGUGUAACUGCAGAGAUAUUUGUGGAAGUCUUUUUUUAUUUAUUUUUUUUUCUUUUUAUGUCCCGAAGCCACCGAUGCCUCCAUCAAAAGAAGCCAAACCCUGUGGACCACCUGCUGAAGAAUCUGCAGUGGAUCAAAAAGCUGGUGUUAAGAAAAAGACAGGACCACCGCCCACCCCUCCAAACAAACCAAGCUCCAGUGGCUCCUUGAGCAACCUUACAGAAAUCUCACCGUCUAACUCCCACCCUCCCCCUCCUCCAUCCAAAGAGAAAAAGCCCUCGAAAGAGCUCAGUCAGCAGGUUCAAGGCGCAGCUGAUGAGAAGAAGGAGAAAGAGGAGGAUAGUGGGAACGAAACACCAGAAGCAGCUGUGGAAACCGAGGAGCUGAAUUUAGAAGACGAUAAACUGGAGAGUAUCCCUUCAGAAGUUUCUGAUGAAGAGACACCUGAGAGCAGUAAGACGUCUGACCACGACCAAGAAAAGCCUUCAGAACCACAGAGAAGGAGCCCAAAUCCUGUGAACUCCAACAUAAGUUCUGAGAAACACACUCCACCUGCCACGCAGAACAAAGAAGACGCCUCGUCUAUAACUCAGCCUGAUGAGGCAUUGAACUCUACAGCCUGCGAUACUGCACCUCUUCAAGCACCAGGGACCCACCCCCAGAGUACCGUCCCCUCAGUGCUUGUCUCUUGUAACGAGCCCCUCACUGACAGCCUCRGCCUUCUAUGUCAUUUGUCUGAAGAGAAGAAAAAGAAGGCAGAGGAAAAAUCCRUAGACAGUGGUCAGCACUCAGACGAUGAGAGUGAAGGCUCCGGGUAUGAAGACAUGGGGGCUUCUACAGCUGCACUKCGGGGAAGCAAUGCCGCCCUGGACGUUUUGGACGCCUGUGACAACAACGCCGAGAUAUCUGUUGUUUUAAGGCCAUCGGCUGACCUUGAGGUUAGACCAAACGCUCUCCCCUGUCGGCGGUCGCAACCGUUUCAGAAACCCCCCAAACCCCAGACCAAGCCCAGGUCGGCUUCCAUCAGCGACCUGCUGUCUGAGUCUUCAAACUGCACACAGAAGAAACAGUGCAGCAGAGCGGUGGCGAAAAAACCACCAGCUCUAAACGAUGACGUCACGAAACUGGAGACUGAAGUGGCUCUGGAGAUGGAAAAAACCAGCGAGCUCCUGAGCAAGGCACAGGGGGGAAGUUGUGGGGAGGACGUGCCAGAGGAUCUGUUGGCUAAAGCCUUGGAGAAACUGAAGAAGGCUGAGCACGUCCUCAAAGAGGUCAAGAAACUGAAGCUAACAAAAAAUUCAAACAACAGGAAGAGCUGGUGAAUACCAGUUGCAGCAGAGCGACUUGGACUCGACUGAUUGUUAARCAUGGACAGUGUUUUAGCGGCUGUAGAUUAGAAACCCCAGUCAUGUCCAAUAUUCACCAGGUAGAUUUGCAGGAGGCCUAUGCGAAGUGUAUUAGGGCUACAAAAAGAGCCAUGUGGGACUAGCAUAUUCACAGUUUGCUUUUCCUCUGCAAUACAGAGAUCUGUCCUGGAUUGUUUUAAAUGGUYUAAGGAAGUUCCACUCGAUUGUUAGGUUUGAAAAAGCUAAAGGUUUUCAGUCCAAAAUGUAGCUGAUGCUGAAGAAAUAGAACGUUUAUUUGAUUUACACCAGGUUGACAUGAAAAACCCCUCGGUACAAAACCUGCAAGUUGGUGGAAAUUGCAAGUCUGUUAGAUAAAAUUGGGAGAAACCAGUAUAAGUCCACAACUAAGGGUUCAGGGUGUGACGAGUGUUCRCUUCAUGGACAGAAGAGUCCGGCUUUUGAAAGGUUUAACCUGAAGCACGUUUGCUUACAAUUAACUCAGUGCAAUUAUUUUUUUCUGCAAAGUAAUGCGUAGUGUUCCUCAGUAUAUUUGUGUUGUCUUUUUCUGGUGUAUGAAAUAAUCAGAUAUUUGCUGAGAAAAAAAUAAAGUGACUUGAAGGCGCUCACAACACAAUAAUAAAAACAAGAAGUGCUGAAAGGGUUAACGCCAAACUGAACACAGGUUUUAUACGGUUCAUAUGGAAACUUAAAGGCUCUUUUUAUGUUGUCAGUUUUUAUGAGGGAAUUUUUAUUUUACUGUAAAUACUUUUAUCGUUUUGCUGUAGAUUUUAUGUUGUUAAUCAUAGAAGAGUGAACAUGUGUACCUUAGCUCAGGAGUUCUUACAGUUAUUGUCUCAGACUAAACACACAAAUAAAGCAAAUGAAGGAAUACUUUGGUUUCGCUUAGAAAGACUGCAGUUUUAAUAUGCAAUUUUAUUUUAAUUUGUACAUAGAACAAAGUGCCUUUAGAAGCUCAAUCUCUUUAAAUUCAGCUUUCCAUAAAUGUGUUUUAAUAAUGUUUGUACGAUGAUCAAGAAAAAAAUUAAUCUMGCAAUUGGAAGCAUAAAAGUAUUAACAAAUCAUUUCUCAUUUUUAAUCAAGUAUUUUGUAACCAGAAGACCAUUUUAAAUCUGCCUCAUAUAAAUUAAAUAAGAGUAUUUUUUAGUAUUGGAUACUGUUUUGUAUGCUGAUUAAAAUUUUAUAAUGCUGAAAUAAAGAAAGGGAAAAUGUU